GAUUUCCAAGGUCGCUCGCCUGAUGAUUAGGUUUGCCCCUUUAUGGUGGCGAUCCAAGAACUUCACAUCCUUACUCUCAUGGAGGUCGAACAAGCUAAUAAAUUCGUCGUACAAACUUCGGUUGCCUUCUUAUCUUCGUACUCAGGAGAAUUCCGGUAAAGCAUCGCGUCCUGGAGAAAGCAAGAAUGAUCAAACAUCUAAUAUUCGUAUUACUGUUUUAAGUAUUUAUGAAGAUAAUAUUUAUUUUAGCAAAGUUUGAAUUGCGGUUUUCAUUUUCUCGAAAUAAAAUGCCUGACCCUCCUGGUGGAUGGUCUUUUGCUUCUUGGGUUAUACUUGGUGCUGUUGGUUUAACAUGGGUUGUCUAUCACAAUUUUUCAAUGUACAGAAAGGUCGAUUGGAAGGAGUUUACAGAUAACUUCCUACAAAAGGGUGCUGUACAUCACUUAGAGGUUGUGAACAAAUCUUGGGUUAGAGUCCAUCUCCAACCAGGCGCAGAUUUCGAGUCGUAUGAAUCCAUUGAUCCCAGCAAGAAAAUUUAUUGGUUUGAAAUCGGUUCAGUUGACACUUUUGAACGAAGUCUACGUGAUAUGGAGGCUCAUAUGGGUAUAGAUCCUAUGCAUAGAACGUUUAUAACGUAUAGCAGUCGUCUAAAGCUAUCAGAUGUUUUAUAUGGCAUUUUCUAUCUUUCUUUGUUCUUAAUGGCUGUGUAUUCCUUACGGCCUGCAUCUGGUGGUGUUGUACGGAAGUCAGGACUGGGUUCAGGAUUAUUCAACUUCGGACAGUCACCUGUGCGUUUAAUAGAAAAAGAUAAAAUUGGUGUACGUUUUAGCGAUGUAGCAGGUUGUGAAGAAGCAAAACUUGAAAUAAUUGAAUUUGUUAACUUCCUAAAAAAUCCAGCAAAAUACGAAGCGCUAGGAGCAAAGAUUCCUCGUGGUGCCAUCCUAAAAGGUCCUCCUGGUACUGGCAAAACACUUUUGGCUAAGGCGACUGCUGGAGAAGCGAAUGUUCCAUUCCUUUCCGUUUCUGGGAGUGAAUUUUUAGAGAUGUUCGUUGGUGUAGGACCGAAAAGAGUACGCGAUAUGUUUGCCUCUGCACGAGACAAAGCUCCCUGUAUAUUGUUUAUUGACGAAAUUGACGCUAUUGGUGGCAAGCGAUCUGGUACUUCUUUUGGUCAUCAGGAACGGGAAAAUACUCUCAAUCAACUACUUGUGGAAAUGGACGGGUUUACUACUCAAGAAAAUGUUGUCGUUCUGGCUGCUACCAAUCGUAUUGAUAUUCUAGAUCCAGCUCUGCUUAGGCCUGGACGUUUUGAUCGUCAAAUCUAUGUAUCAUUGCCAGAUAUCAAAGGUCGUGCAUCAAUAUUUAAGAUACAUUUGAAACCAAUUAAAUUAGCUGAUGAUAUGCAACUUGUAGCUCGCAAAAUGGCUACACGUACUCCGGGAUUUUCUGGUGCGGAUAUUGCAAGUGUAUGCAAUGAGGCAGCGUUAAUUGCUGCGCGAGAAGAUGCUCAUAGUGUCAAUCUGAUCCACUUUGAUAAAGCUAUCGACCGUGUAAUUGCUGGGUUAGAAAAGAAAAGUCAAGUAUUACAACCCGAAGAGAAAAAAAUAGUUGCAUACCAUGAAGCUGGACAUGCAGUUGUUGGUUGGUUUUUAGAACACUGUAAUCCAUUGUUGAAAGUUUCAAUAAUUCCUCGUGGUAAAGCUCUUGGCUAUGCUCAGUAUCAACCUAGGGAUAUAUAUUUGUUGACUAAAGAUCAAAUGUUGGAUGAAAUGUGUUUGGCAUUAGGAGGUCGAGCAAGUGAAGAAGUAUUUUUCGGUAAAGUUGGAAGUGGAGCAGUGGACGAUUUACAGCGUGUAACUCGAUCAGCUUAUUCUCAAAUUGUCCAAUUAGGAUUCAGUUCAAAAGUUGGGUUGCUAAGUUUCGAUUUGCCUGAGCAAGGUGAUAUGGUUCUUACCAAGCCAUAUUCUGAGCAUACUGCACAAAUAAUAGACGAAGAAGUUAGACAACUUGUUGAGUCAGCCUACGAAAGAACACUAACGAUAUUAAGAGAAAAAAGACAGCUUGUCGAAAAGGUAGCUCUACGCUUACUAGACAAAGAGCAGUUGCAAAAAGAAGACCUGGUUGAAGUAUUAGGUCCAAGACCGUUUGUGGAGAAAAACACAUAUGAAGAGCUCGUAGGUCCUGGCCCCUUGGAUGAAGAUGUGUCACUCCCUCCAGGACUCAAGGAUUGGAAUAAAGAACAAGAGUCGAAAUCAGAGGCCUCGUAAAGUUGCAUGUAGUUUAAUUUGUAUACUUAUUCCUCUAACAUAACCUUUACAUCUGACGUUGAAGAGAAAAUUUGCAGUAUGCUUGUAAAAUAAACUCUAAAUUUCUUCUAUUACCUGAAGUUAUUCUUGUCUCCUGAUAUUUUUGUAGUGCCUCGUAUUUACAAUAUUAUGUCGAUUUCAA